AUUGUGAAUGACUGAGUUUCAAAAAGAAGAGUUGGCAUAACAUCUGUCGAACUGGUUUCAACCAAAAAAAAACAAACGUUAUCUACCAACAAAAAUUUAAAAAACCGCGAUUUUCGGCUCAAAUGGCGCGAAUUAUAGGAUUCUUCGCACAAACCACCAUUCCGAAGUUGACCUACGAACUGAUCAGAGUGAUUAAUUUUCGUGCAAGUAGCUGUAUACAAAAAAUGUCGACUAUCGAAGUACUGAAGAAAAAAUUAGAAGACAUAGAAAAUCCCUUGCCAAAAAAAAUGAAGAUUGAAUCAAAAUGUGUACUACGUUUCGCAAAGUUGACAGAGCAUGCUCGAGCACCCGUACGAGGUUCGCCACGAUCGGCCGGUCUUGACUUACAAAGCGCCUACGAUGUGAAGGUACCAGCGCGUGGAAAGGCUCUAGUGAAGACCGAUUUGCAAGUACAAGUGCCAGAGGGGUCUUACGGACGUGUUGCACCACGCUCUGGACUAGCUGUUAAGAACUUUAUAGAUGUUGGUGCUGGAGUCGUAGAUGAAGACUACCGUGGUAACUUGGGCGUUGUAUUAUUUAAUCAUUCAGAUGAAGAUUUCGAAGUGAAACGAGGUGACCGCAUUGCUCAAUUUAUCUGUGAGCGUAUUUUCUACCCAGAGUUAGAAGAGGUAGAUAAACUUGAUGAAACAGAACGUGGAGCCGGUGGUUUCGGUUCGACUGGUAUAAAAGAGAUCGCUGCCAAAAAUGGUAAUGGAAAUGCAGCAAUGGAAACUGAAGAAGUUAAAGAAAAAGGGGAAGAGCGUAAAGUUGAUGGCAAAAGGGAUGAAAGUAAGGAAGUUGACAAGGAUGAAAAACCAAAAAACUGUGAUACAGUUCCUGAAGAAACAAAGGAUACUACUGCUACUGCCACUGCUUAAACACGAAUGUUAUGCUCUUGCGGUGAUCCAAGAUAUCUCGCUUAAAGUUAUUACUAGUUUUUAAGCUCAUCAUUUCAUUCCCACAAUAUUGUACUUUUGUAUUAAAAACGCAUUGUAACUUGUAAAAUGCCAUUACAUUAAAGUUUAAAACUUAUAUUUAAAAACA